UUCUGUAUAUAUAACCUAACAUUUUUGUUUACGACAAUAAACGUUUAGGAGGUUGUUUUUAAAGAUGAGCACCACGGAAGAUAUAACGAUGCAAACUGAAGAAUUCGAUUCUGACAGCUCCAGCGAUGACGACAGCGAUUUGGAUGAUGCCGAAAGAAAGGAAGCAGAAACCAGAGCUGAAGCUCUGGAAGAAAGUAUUUCGGCAAAUAAAAUGGACUAUGAUGCUCAUGUGGAAUUGAUAAACCUUUAUAAAUUGCUCGAAGAUUUUGAUUCACUGAUAGCAGCAUAUGAAAGAUUCCACCAACUGUACCCGUUGACUCCCACAUUGUGGCUUGAUUGGAUUAAAAUUGAAAUUUCCAUUGCAAAGCAUAAUAAUCAGCAUGAUCGCGUCUUCACAUUAUUCAACAAAGCAGUAGAGGAUUAUAUGUCUGUAGAUUUAUGGGUGGAAUUUGCACAGUGCUCUAUUGGUGUCACUGAUUUAGAAACUACAAGAUCAAUAUUGGAAAGAGGGCUGAACACAGUUGGACUAGAUGUAACAUCAGCAUCAUUACUUUGGGAUACCUUAAGGGAAUUUGAAUUUUGCCAGUUUGCUAUUUUACCUAAGGACACAGAGGCUUAUAACUUGCAAGUGAAAAAAUUAAAUGAUAUUUUUAAGAGACAGCUAGCAGUGCCAUUAUUAAACAUGGAAGAUACUUACAAGGAAUAUCAAGACUGGGUAACAACUUUGCCUGAAGGUUCAGUGGAUGUUAAAGCUGUUGAAUGGGGUUAUAAGAAAGCACUGAAAACUUUGGACAUAUAUAAACCAUUUGAAGAACAGUUGUUAGUAGCUAAAACUGAUGAUGAAUACUAUAAGAUAUAUAAAGAUUAUAUUAAGGCAGUGACUGAUCCUUCUACAAUAAUAUGUCUUUAUGAGAGAGCUGCAUUUAAACUGUGUUUAAACUCAAAUAUUUGGAUAGAUUAUUUAAACUUUUGCUUUAAAUUGGGGGAUGUGGCCUUCAAAGUUUGUGAAAGAGCAUUAAGAAAUUGUCCUUGGAGUGAAGAACUAUGGAUUUUUAAUUUAAGGAUUCAUGAGAACCUAAAUAAAAGUUAUGAGGAAAUGCUUGCUACGUUUGAAAAAGGAAUAGCUAGUAUUGCAACAACAGGACUGGAACUCUGGCUCAGUUAUUUGGAGUAUGCAUAUAGAAGUAAUCAACCAAUAGAAAAACUGGAUAAACUUUUUGAUCAAGCUAGACAUAAUUUCACAAUAGAAACUGACCCAUCAUUCAAAAUUAGCAAAUGGUGGGCAACUCUUUUGGCCAAAAGAGGCAAUAUGAUUCAAGCUAAGAAAAUAUGGAAGGAUAUUUUGUCAUUAAAUGAAAACAGAAAUAGUGCUACUGUAUGGAUGGAGUACAUCAACUUAGAAAAACAGUAUGGAGAAGCAAAUGAAAUUAGAUCCAUCUUCCAACGAGCAUUAUUUGCUUGUACAGAUUGGCCACAAUAUAUAGCAGACCAAUGGUUACAGCAUGAAAGAUGCGUCGGAUCUUUAACUGACGUCAUGAAAUGUAGUGACAAAUGUAAGGAAGCAAUUUACAAAUUUGAACAGAAAUAUAGCAAUUAUGAAUCAAAUGUGGGAGACUCAGAAACACCUAAACAAGACAUUAGAGGUAAGAAACGGAAGAUGGCACAGGGUGAUGUUAUUGAAAAAAAGAAAAUGAAGCCAGAGGCAGUACCAGAAGAAAAAGUUUUACCACAAGUAAAGAAGGUAGUUCCCCGAGAUCCAACAAAGACUGUUUUUGUGAGCAAUUUACAUCCUUCUGUGACAGAAGACAAUUUAAAGAAAAUGUUUCCUAAUGCUGUUCACAUAGAUAUUGCAUUAGACAAAAAAGGUAAUUCACGAUGCUUUGGGUAUGUACAUUUUUCAAUGGAAGAGGAGACAAUGACUGCCCUGGCGAGAGACAGAGAGCCUCUGGAUGGAAGACCUGUAUUCAUAUCCAACUGCAAGCCAGAUAAGAGUGAGAGGAAGAAAGUUUUCAACUAUGCAACAGUAGAAGAAACCAAAAAGCUUUUUGUGAGAGGUUUACCAAAACAUAAAACUCAACAAGAUGUCGAGGAAAUUUUCAAACCCCACGGGGCUAUUGCAGUGCGAUUAGUCUACCAGAAAAGCGGUCAAUCCAAAGGCUUAGCAUUUGUGGAGUUCGAAACUGACGAAGCUGCAUCGGAAUGUCUCAAAAAAACUGAUCAAAUGGUGAUUGAUGAUCACACAAUAAAUGUUGCAAUAAGCGCCCCGCCCCCCAAAGGGUCAGGUUCACAAUUAAAAGAAAGUACUGAACCAGCUAGGCAUUCCAGAAGCAAACUCCAAAUGCCUUUGAUGGUACCGAGAAGUUUGCAAGUUAAAAAUAAGGAAAGUGAACCUGCAGUUAAACCUAAAAGUAAUGCAGAUUUUAGAAAUUUGUUUUUGAAAAAAUAGUGUUUUAAAUAAAUGUUAUGAUCACUUAUUUAUUGAAUGUAAUUUUUGUUCUUAAAUAUAUAUAAUGUUUUAAUUCAUUUGA